AGGACCCAUAGCGCCAGACCAUCAGUAUGUCUAUUCUGUGGCUGCUUCUGGGCCUCCUUGCCUUUAUUGACUCAUCUGAAAGCAGCAACUGGGGAUGCUAUGGAAAUAUCCGAACCUUUGACACCCCCGGGGCGUCUUGUGGGACUGGAAGACUUCAGGGCCUGAACUUCUGUGGAGUUCGUGCUUCUGAAAGACUGGCUGAAAUAGACAUGCCAGUCCUACUGACAUAUCAACCCAUGAUACAGACCGUUGGCCAAAAGUACUGCAUAGAUCCUGCAGUGAUCGCUGGUGUCCUAUCCAGGGAGUCUCAUGGUGGCAAUGUUCUGCUCAAUGUGGGCAACGUGGACAGUGGAAUCGGUGUGGUGCAGGAGCCUGCCCUUUAUGCUCCUACAACCUGGAUCAGCGAGUCCCAGAUUUUCCAGAUAACUGAGGUUCUGACUGUAAAAAUCAAAGAAAUCCAGAGGAAGUUCCCAGCCUGGUCCCCUGACCAGUGCCUGAGAGGUGGACUCUGUGCCUACGUGGGAGGUGCUGGUUACAUCAGAAGCAGCCAGGACCUGAGCUGCGACUUCUGCAAUGAUGUCCUUGCACGAGCCAAGUACUUCAAGAGACACGGCUUCUAAUGCUUCGAUCAAACCCAAAUCAUCACACAGGAGGCCCCUAUGAGUACACAGAUAAAACUAGC